CUGCUGCUUCCGUUCUCUCGAACCCACAUCCUUUCACCACUCUAAACAAAAGCAAGCCUUGUGAUCAUGUGGAACGACGAAGAUAAUAAUCCAUAUGGGGCCUUUGAUCGCCCCGACGGCCAUCUCUCUGACUCGCUGCACUCCGGUGCUGUCUCUCCUCCCCCAUACGACCGCGAUAUCUCCGCGCCUUCGUCACCUGUAUCAACCCAACCGCCAGACUAUGUAUCGCGCUUGACCGAUAGCGAAGAUGAGGACGAACAUGAUUUUGAGUCUCACCAGCCUCAUUCGUCAGGGCGGAAGAAGGGCAUCUACGACAGUCGAAUCGAGCAGAUACUUUACGAGAACCCCGAAAUGCCCAUAUUGAUCACGGAUGCUGGGAAGAACCAUGAAGGGGGCGGCGGGUACAUUGUUUAUACCAUUCGUACCGGGGAUUUGGAGGUCCGCCGUCGAUAUUCAGAAUUUGCUUCUCUUCGGCAAACCCUUGUCAACUUACAUCCCACCCUUAUAAUUCCCCCAAUACCCGAGAAACAUACGAUGGCCGAUUACGCCGCAAAGCCGACAAAGGCCAAAGAGGACAGUGCUAUCAUCGAACUUCGGAAGCGAAUGUUGGGCGUGUUCCUUAACCGGUGUCGAAAGAUGAAAGAAGUUCGGGAAGAUGGUGUCUGGUGGCGCUUUUUGGAUCCCAAUGUCAGCUGGAGCGAGGUCCUGCAUUCCCACCCUGCAUCAUCAGUUCCAAAGAACAACCUGAAAGCGCCGCCUCUGGACCCAGCAAAUCCUACUCCGGCCCAUGCUUGGCUCCCUGUUCCUUCCUCAUCGGCAAAGUUGAGAUCUUCAUCAGGAACAAGUGCCACGGGUACUCCCAUGUCCCCAUCUGAAUACUCUCAAACCCCGUCAACAGCCGCACACUCGACGCCUGGCGUGCAGGUUCUUGGUCGUUUCCCUCCUACGUCCAAGACGCUUAGUGAACAAGAUCUUGACCCAUAUUUUAUAAACUUCGAAGCAUCGACGCGGGAGCUUGAGCUGUUGCUCCAGGGAAAUAUCGAGAAAGUCAAUCGCCGCACUCUAUCACAUUUAUCUUCACUAUCUGCAGAUCUUAUGGAACUUGGUGCUCGUUACAAUGGAUUUUCGCUAUCAGAACAGUCUCCAACUGUCGCCGCGGCUAUCGAGCGCAUCGGUCAAGCUGCCGACACAUCUUAUAUAGAGACGGAAGAGCUUUCCACUGCACUGGGAGCGAACUUUGCGGAACCCAUGCGGGAAAGCGCUCAGUUUGCAAGUGUUGUUCGCAGCGUGUUACGGUACCGAGUGCUCAAACGGGUGCAAGAGGAAAUGACACGAGAUGAGCUUGCGAAAAAGAAAGCCUUGCUGGAGUCUUUGGAGCGGAGCGAGCAGGAAGCGAAGCGCAUCGAUCAAUAUUUGAACCAAGCAAAUGCUGCUUCAACGGCGACCAGGUCGUCUAGAUCGGCUUCUGCUUCUUCUGCGACGAGCAGUGGGCAAGGCGAGCACGACACGUCCCGCACGUCGGAGGACACUAACUCGAUUGACUCUGACUUUCCACCUACACACGGCGAUAUAUCACCUCAAGGAUCUCCAAGCCAAACAAAUCCGUAUCGAGAGGUACCGCCCGCUCACCGCAAAAGCCCGAGUGGAAACUUUGUGACAAACAAGCUAUUUGGUCGUAUUAGUCAUGCUAUACACGGAUUUGCAGAUGUCGAUCCUGAGCGAACGCGGCGAGAUCAGAUGGGAAAGACGAAAGAAAGCUUAGUGCAGUUGGAACAAGCACUUCGAGUAUCGGAGACAGAUGUCAAAGAGGCCAGCGCGGGUGUGUUACAAGACCUCAAGCGGUUCCAGAAGGAUAAGGAAGAGGAUCUUCGCCGAUACAUGGUUGCCUAUGCCCGUUGUCACUUGGACUGGGCACGGAAGAAUCUCGAGACAUGGACAGAAGCCAAAGAUGAGGUUGACAAGAUCGUUGCGCGAUAGAUGGGUCGAUUUAUAUUUGCUUGUUUGCUGUACAGAACUGGAGGCUUAGUUAUGUGUAUGUAUCUAAUUAAUGAGACCAUGCUACGAUAUAUAUAUUUUUUUAUCUCCUU